AGACGACCAGCAAGGUAGGGGAAAGAAGAACGAAAGACCUGGCGGCCAGGGCAUGACGUCACUUCCGGCUGGCUCGGAAGGGGCGGGCCCCGAACUUUCCUCGGUUUCCGCCCCCGACUCCAGGUGGGGGCGGGGUUACAGAACUGUGGGCGGGGCCGAUGUGCGAGCUGAUGGCGGUUAUUUUGACUCCGCGCUUCCUUAGCCUUGGCAGUCAGAGCGAGCUUCCUGGCCCAGGACGGAGCGGACGAAGUUUCGUGAGCCCUGGAGGUGGCUUCUAUCGGAAAAGGAGGACAGGAUUCUCUGGUCCUUUUCAAGCUACUCAGGUCUGGGAUAGUAUUAUUCACUCCCUUCAUACCCAAGUGGAGAUAAAAAGAAGACGGCAUCAUUUACAAACAUACAAAGACUGUUUUACUGGUUCUGAUGCUGUCGAUGUAGUAUUAAGUCAUCUCAUGCAAAAUAUAUGCCUGAGUAGCACCGACAUCUCUCGUCUUAAAGGAGUUCGUCUUUGCCAAGUUCUAAUGGAUCAUAAAGUAUUUGAACCGGUAGGAGUGAAACCAUCCAAAAAUGAAAAGGAUUUGGUAUUUGAAGAUUCAAACAGCAGUCUUUACCGUUUUCUAGGCAGUAAGUCAUCUCAUGUUUUUGGCAAGAGAAAAAAGGAUGUGGAGAAUGGGUUAACUGAUGACACAAAAGCAAAAGAACCUUCAAGAACAGAAGAUGAAAUGAUUUCAAAUCCUCUAGCACAAGAGAUUGGCGAGGAAAGAACUGAGGAACUUACUCACAUACUGAGUGGGAAUCCAGCUCCACUUCCAAAUAUCACAGUUAACAAACCUGUCCUCCAGCUUUCAAAAAAAGCCGUGGAAGAUAUUUGGAAACAACAAACAUGGUUACGUAUUCUUCAACUGAUUGACCUUCCAUUCUUGGAAAAUAUUUUGGAGCCUCCAGUUAAAGCACAAAAUCUUCAUUUACUUAAAGAGGAAUAUCUCGUUAUUUCAAACACUUGCCUAGACAGAGAGGUUGUUCUAAACUUCCGUCUACCUGAGAUUGAUAAUUGGCUUAAUGCAGCAAUUGAAUGCUUGGAGUAUUUUCCUGACCAGUUAAUAGUUAUGGUUAGUGAGCAGAUGCUGCAGAACACAAAUGAAGAGACAAAAUUAAAUAUUCAGAAGAAGAUACUCUUUGACGUCAUAGUAAAAUAUUACAAUCAAGACAGAGAUUGCCUGUUAACUGAUGAGUAUUUUGAUGUUUACUCAGGAAUUAUUGAACUUCUAGAAAAUGGGAAAAGAACAGAAGCUCGGGAAGCAACGCAACUAUAUCUAAGAUUGUUGUUGCCCAACAUUAGAGAAGAAUUACGCCGGCUACUUACUUUUAUGGCUCUUGCAUCAGAGCCUAAUGCCUAUAAGCUACAAAAACAGUAUGACAACAAAACAGUGGUCCUGAAAACUCUUACCAAAGCAGUUUUGCAAACCAAAUCAUUAUUAAAAGUACAGACAGAACAACUAGCCCGGUUUCUGCUGGAGCACCACUCCCAGCUUUUCAAGACACCUGUUACUUUAUUGGACCUGGUUAGUAAGAAACUUAAGAAGCUUGUACAUGGAGAAGAUCCAGAUGCUAUAUCAGGUUUCACAUUUUGCCAACGUUUGACAGACAAGGAGUUUGAAAAGCAAAAGGAAAGGACAAUUCAGUAUCUUCGCCAGUUGGCUCAUGAGAUUAAUAGUAACUCCAACAUCUCCUGGAAACAAAAAAGAAAAUUAAUUAAGGAUUUUCAAAAACACCAUCCAGAAGCUUUGCACUAACACUUCUGGAGCAAGAAACUAGAAACAAUAUGUAAAUAUAAACAACUCUUAUGGUGGUUUUUCCAAACUGCCAUGAUUACGGUUCAGAGAAGGGACCACCUCCAAGCAUUUUAAGUGUAAUGAUGUUUAAAAUAUAUUAAGGAAGUUUUUAACUUUAAAAGGGAAUACAAAUUAGUCUUCCUGUAUGGCACUGAUUUACUUAUUAUGCUGCUAGCAUCACGUACUAAAUGUGCUGCUGUUAUUAGGGAUCUGGUACAGUUAAUUUCCUGAG